GAUCGUGUCGCCGCAAAACUAUAGUUAUACACGUUCUUCAUUUCAUCGCGUGCUGCUAAAGUUGCAAAUAUAAUAUAUUGCGCAGUAGGUGCGGAAAAUAUUUGUACAACAUAAUUGGAUUAUCGCAAGAUGAUGUAUAGUCUUUGUAGCAAAGCAAAACCAAAAAGUUGAGGGCGCAGACAGGGUCAGUGAACGAUCGUUCUGCCGGCCGUCCGCUAUCGAGCGCCUGCGUAUGAAUGCCAAGUGUUUGUGUUUGAUGGAAUGCUUCUUCUACUCUCAAUACAAUCAGACAUCGAUCUAUGUUAAAAAAAAUCAACAUUUAUUUAAAAGAGAAUAAGAAAUUAAAAAAAAGAUGCUAUUGCUAUUUAAACCGAAAGAGUAUAACGAAAUUAUUACAUCUUGUGGUGAUUAGAAAAACAAAAUUGAUUUAAUAAUUUUUUCGGUUUAAAUAAAUUUGGAUACGAUUAUGAAUGAUGUUACAAAAGAAGGCGUAAUAACAAAAGUGUGACAUGUAUUGUCCUUCCAGAGGGAAGUACAUGCGUAUAUACAUAUAGUGUCACGCACACUGUAAAAAAAGGAUUGGCAUUACCAGCGUAAAUUAUAACGCAUGUCAUCAUUUCCGAUUAUCGCUGCUGUUGCCGCCGAUAAUAAAAAACGCAAUGAAUCUCGGUGCCGAAAAGACUGGUUAGAGCGAACUAAGAAGAGUUCAGUUAGAGGAGGUCGCAGAAAGGCCGAAGGGGAAGUGAGGCCGUGGCGCCAGCAGGUAUACGUUGGACAUGAUUAUUUCAAAGGACCUAUUUCUUCUGGGCGAUCAAGAUUAUCUGCGCCUUCCCGACAGUGAGAAGCGCCAUCAACGGGCAAUGGGACGACCUAUUAUCAGUGCUUCUAGAGUGGAAAGCUCGGCACUGCAAUUGGUUUGUCCGUUAGAUUCCCGUCCUAUUCAGUUGGUCUUCCGAGGAUUGCAGGUGGUCAAAGAAAAGAGAUCUCUUCUUCGCGAUGUUUCGGGAGUAGUAAAACCAGGCGAAUUAUUGGCUGUUAUGGGACCUUCAGGCUGUGGUAAGACAACUCUUCUGAACUGUCUAUCGGGCAGAGUAGGCAUCGAUUCUGGCGAAAUUUGGUUAAAUCGUGAAAGACUUACAAAAAGAUUGCGUCGAAGGAUAUGUUACGUACAACAACAAGACAUCUUUUUCUCUGAUCUCACUCUGCGGCAAACAUUGGAAUACCAGGCCCGCCUCAGACUUCCAGAUAUGCUGUCUUAUACGCAAAAGAUGCAGUGCGUGGAUCACAUAAUUAAAGUGCUUGAUCUUGUGGCUUGCCAGGACACAAUCAUUGGUGAUUAUUCCAAACGUGGUCUUUCUGGUGGAGAAAAGAAAAGAACAAGUAUAGCCUGUGAGCUGCUUACGAAUCCAUCUUUAAUGUUGCUUGACGAACCGACGAGUGGAUUAGACUCACAUUCGGCACAGGCAUUGAUUAUCCGACUGAAGAAGUAUGCUGAACAGGAGGGGAAAAGUAUUGUAGUGACAGUACAUCAACCAAGUUCGAGAAUGUUUCACAGCUUUAGUAAAUUGUUGUUGUUGAGUCGUGGACAAGUGGCAUAUUACGGCUUUACAGCGAACAUAGGAAGAUUUUUCUCUAACAUCGGUCUCGCAUUGUUACCGCACUACAAUCCAGCAGAUUUUAUAUUGGAACAAAUCAAAGGGCCGGAGGAAGUGCGAGAACGCAUUGUUUCUGCGGCGAGAGCAAUGAAACAAGGACAAGACUGUCCAUUGGAGUUACGUCCAGAGUAUAAUCCCAGCCAGCAACCAUUUUGCGACCAUUUUAUCCAGUACCACGAUCACCAUCAUCAUCAUCAUAUUACUCGUAAUGCAGCCAAGGAUGAAGAAGGACAUACGUUGUGGCUAGAUACCCAGAGUCACGCAAGUAGCACUGCUUCUGACGACGACUAUAUUUGGCAAUGGCCCACGAGUUUCUGGUCGCAGUUUAAAGUAUUAUCAGAAAGAAAUUUUCAAGACGCUAGACCCCGAAUGUUAUCUCGUUUAAAUUGGCUUCAAACAAUAGCUCUGGGUCUUUUGGCGGGACUUUUAUGGCUUAAGUUACCUAGAACUGAAGAAGCCUUACAUGACAUUCAAGGCUGGAUGUUUUUUAGCACAACAUAUUGGAUGCUUUUCGCACACUUUGGUGCGCUAUCAAGUUUUCCUCCAGAGCGCCAAGUUAUCAACAAAGAACGUCUUUCAGGAUCUUAUCGUCUUUCAGCCUAUUAUUUGGCUAAAAUGUGUGGCGAGUUACCUCUAACAAUAACUUUACCAGCAGUUUAUCAUCUCAUCAGUUACCCUAUGUUGGGAUUUCACAGUCCUGCUGUAUUUAUUACUCUACUGGCAUUUCUACUUUUGAAUACGGUUGUUGCUCAGAGUGUCGGAUUCUUCGUAGGAGCCUGUUGCUUAGAUCUGCAAGUCAGCAUAACUGCUUCUGCAUUAUACACGUUGGCGACACAACUAUUGGGUGGUUAUUUGGCAACUGCUGUUCCACCUUGGCUAUCUUGGGCUCGAUACGCUAGCAUGGUGCAUUAUGCCUACCAAAAUAUGCAGAUAUUAGAAUUCGGUGUAGGAGAUCCAAUUUUGUGUUCACAACCAAGCAAAUUUCCAGAAUGCAGUAAUGGAACGACGAUACCUCUUUCAGCCAUUUUGGAAAGACAGGGCGGUGUACGAGGCUCUGGGCUACCUUUGUGGGCAAAUACUGCUAUACUUGUUACAUUUUUGAUUGUAUUUAGGACUCUUGGGUACCUUGUUCUACGUUUUUAUAGAGUACCCCAGUGAUUACAAAAUAGUGUGUGUGUGUGUGUGUGCAUGGGCGAGUAUGCGUGCGAAUAUGUAGUAUACAAUUUUAUAUACAGCUUUUUUAUGGAUUUUUAUUUUCAUGUUACAAUUGUCUGUUAUUAUACUGACAUACAUACUUAUAAUAUCGAGUACAUGAAAUUCAAAGUUUUAAUGUCUUUCGUUCGCAUAUGUUUCUCAUUACGAGUACGCACAUAUAAAUUAAUAUCUGUUAAAGAACAUUAAUAUACAUCGUUUCUUGUACUCGAUACAACAAUAAAAACAACAACACCAACGUACUAGUACUGCUACUUCAACAACUACUACAAUUACUACUACUACUACUACUACUACUACCACCCUUACGAAAAAGUAUUAUAGGAAAUAAAGAUUUUUGGCGUAUUUAUUGCGACAAUUAUAAGAAAAUUAUAUGUUUAUUAUAUAGAAUUGGUAAAAUUCCAGGUGCCAGUGAUUUACGCAAUGUUUUUACCCAUACUUUAAAAAAAUAUUAAUACUAAUUGCCAAUAUUUAAUUUCCUAUAAUAAUUUUCACUACUACUACUGCUACUGCCACUGCUACUGCUACUACUACUACUACUACUACUACUACUACUACUACUACUACUACUACUACUACUA